GUUUACCACCAUUAACAAAGAUAACAGAACAAACGUUUCACGCAUGCGCAAUAAAAACUCGAGCGGCACGGGCGCUACCUGAUUUGCGUCUCAAGGCAAUUUCGCAGAGCGCAUGCGCACACAUGCGCAGCGUACAUCGGGCACGAGUGCAGAGUGGGCAGUGCCAUCUCCUGUGUGUGUGUGUGUGUGUGUGUGUGUGUGUGUGUGUGUGUGUGUGUGUGUGUGUGUGUAUAUAACAGAGCUUUGGAUCUCAGCGCUGUUACACGGAAACACUGCGGGUUUCUGCAGUUUAGCGUCAGUGUGUUUGUGCACGAGAUUCACAGACAGAUUCACAGACAGAUUCACAGACAGAUUCACAGACAGAUUCACAGACAGAGCGGAUUCAGGUGAAAGUCUGGAGCUGAGACUCCUGUCUACUGUACGGAGAAGCUCCAGCUCCAGCAACAGAUCACUGGUCACAAGCAACUCCAACAAGUACCCAGUGAUGAUGGUGAAGUUUUUCCUCUGAUCAUUUACUCCCAGUAUGCAGUGGGGCAUCAAGUGUUACUGAUCAGAAGGUCGGGGGUUCAAACCCCAGCAACACCAAGCCGCCAGUGUUUGGCCCUUGAUCAAGGCCCCUACACCUCUCUGCUCCAGGGGGCGCCAUCUCAUGGCCGAGUGAGAUUCAGUCAGUGGUUAGAUCUCCAGCAGGGACCAUGUUCUAAAGCUGUGACUUUGUGAGGAUGUGGAGAUGGAAACCAGUUUGACCUCCGACGAGGGGACGUCUGGCUUCUUGGGACGCGUCAUCGUUGUGAACGAGGACAACGGCGGAUUGGAGACGCCUUUUAAAGAGGAACCUCGGGAUGAAUAUAACUUGCGUGGAGAAACAUCAGAGCAGCAGAAUGAAGAAUUCCAGAUGAAACUUAUAAAAAAGGAAGAUGACGAAGAAGCUGAAGAUGAAGAUUACCUCUACUGCGAGAUUUGCAAAUCUUUCUUCAUCAAUAAGUGUGAACUUCACGGUCCACCGCUCUUCAUCCCUGAUACUCCUGUUCUUAUCGGGGUUUGGGAUCGAGCCAGGCAAACUCUACCACCGUUUCUGGAAAUUCGGAAGUCUGAUAUUCCAGACGCAGGCCUGGGAGUGUUUAACACGGGGGGGACGGUUCCGGUAGGUGUGCACUUUGGACCAUAUGAAGGAGAGCUGGUGGACCGAGAGGAAGCAAUGAAGAGCGGCUACUCAUGGGUGAUAUCCAAUAGGAGACAGUGUGAGCAGUACAUCGACGCCAAGAGAGAAAUACACGCUAACUGGAUGAGGUACGUGAAUUGUGCUCGUAAUGAUGAAGAGCAGAAUUUGGUGGCUUUUCAGUACCGAGGUGGGAUUUUCUACCGUUGCUCUCGACCUAUUGAACCAGGACAAGAGCUGUUGCUGUGGUAUGGAGAAGAAUACGCCAAAGAUCUCAGCAUCGCGUUUCACUACCUCUGGAAGAAAAAGUGCUUUGCAAAUGGGUUGAACAGCACCCAAGUGUUCUCCUGCUCCCUGUGUCCUGCAUCCUAUACUUCUCAAGUCUACUUUCACAAACACGUCAGGAGAUGCCACUAUGAGGAGUAUUUGAGACUGCUGAAUUCUGGAGAGAUUAAAUUUGAGACUCUGAUGCCAACCAGGAGUUCCGCUAGUCAGCAGACGUCCUCGGGUUCUCAGAGCGCAAGGGCCUCUAAUGGACAAAAACAGCAGGAACUCCAUCGCUGCUCGGAUUGCGGGAAAGAUUUUCCUCAGCCGAGCGUUCUCCAGUUACACCAGUGCAUUCCCACGGGGAAGAAGAUGCACCAGUGUUCGUCGUGUGGAAGAGUUUCAGUAACAAAGGCACUCUCAUCAGACACGAGCGCAUUCACACCGGAGAGAAACCGUUCCAUUGCGCACAGUGUGGGAGGAGUUUCACUCAGAAAAGCCACCUGCAAACGCACGAGCGCAUCCACACCGGAGAGAAACCGUUCCAGUGCUCACACUGCGGGAAAAGUUUUAAUCACCAGAGUCAUCUCCAGCAGCACCAGCGCAUCCACACAGGAGAACGUCCGUAUCAGUGCACGCAGUGCGGCGAGGCUUCACUCACCUCGGUCACCUUCAGCAGCACCAGCGCACUCACACUGGAGAAAAACCCUUUCAGUGCUCCGAGUGCGGGAAAAGUUUUAAUCACCAAAACAAUCUGCAGACUCACCAGCGCAUUCACACGGGUGAGAAACCCUACCAUUGCACGCUGUGUGGAAAAAGCUUUAUUCACCAGAGCCACCUCCAGUUCCACCAGCACAUCCACACCGGAGAGAAGCCGUUCCAGUGCUC